AGAGGUCCCCGUUCCCGCGGGCAGGGUUGGGAGGGCAUCGGGCAUCGGGCGCUGCGUUCUGGGAUGGGCGUUCUCAAGCUACUGGGAAAUCUGUGUCAAAGCGUUAAGUUCAGGCUUCCUUUAGGUGAAGCUGAUGUGUUUCUCUCCGAGGUGAAGUCACAGGUAGUGACAGGUGUACGGGGGAGGUUGUGUGAGUUGAGGAGCAGAUCACACACUCCAUGGUGUGUUGUUAUGGGAUGUUUUGUUGCUUGGGCGAUGCCUGGAUGUGCUCUGGGACUGAGUGAAGGAGAAUGUUCUUUCCCUUUCUCCCCAGCUCUUCUCCUAGUGCUGUCGGUUCUCUUUGACCUUUCCUGUCCUGUUUAUAGCUUGGUCCUGCUGCCUUCACCCAGGCCAUGCUCUGAGUGAGCUCAGCGGGUGAGUCCCCACAGGAGCAGAGACUUCCUUAUGGUAACAAAACAAGUCGUGGCCUCCCUCUGCUUGACACUUCUCCACCUCCUCACCGGGAGCGUGUAAUUCUAUUGUAUGACAUAAGCUACCUGAAAGUCCAAAGUGAACACGUGUAUCCUUAGAGCACCGAGAGUCCUGGGGCCUGGGUGUGCUGUGAUGCAAGAGCUGAUCCUUGUCACACACCUCCACAGGGCGCUGGCAGUGACAGGCAGUGACGGCUGGGAGCUGACCCUGUCGGGCAGUUGAGCCGUGUGGGCAGUGAAGGUGUGAGGCAGGACCGAGGGCUGGCACACUCACACCUUGCUCUACGGACAGAGCAUAUUCUCACAGCCGUGGUGUUGGGGCCGAGGUCAUAGUCAAUGGAGGGACUCAGUUCCAAGACUUCUCUUUUGAGACAGAUGUUUCCCUCACCUGCUAAGCCCACUGCAGCAUGAGUUUGGGUCUUAGAUCUUGGGCAGCUGUUUCCAUAACAGCUGAUGGAUCAGCUGCACAGCAUCUCACUUACCAGGACAGCAGGCUAAACAUCUUAUAGUCUGUGACUCAGCCAUGCUUUGCACAAAACUGUCACUGGAAGGAACUGGUGUGUCCUCAUGGAUCUGUAUACGGAUUUAUUUGUUUCCGGGGCAGGCACAGUAUCUAAUAGUAAAGGAUAGAUUAGUCAUAGCUAGGUGGCAUCAUAACAAGUAGUGCCUUCCCCUCCCAGGGCAGGGGUGUAAGCAGAGCACAGUGCUCCUGGGAAGGCUGGCUGUUGCUGGUGUUAUGCCAGACUGGAAGAGGUUCCCUGCUGAGUGGCUGAAGCCUGUAACUGAAGUGACAGCCAUGUCAGGUUACCUAUUGCAGGCAGCCCUGGGCACAACAGUGAUCCCGUUAUGUGGGCCUGGUGAAAUGGAGAACUGCACCACAGCGCUCAUCCAGACAGAGAACAGCCCACGUGUGGCCCAAGUGGGGAUAACGAGAUGCAAGCCUGAAAUGAAGGACUACUGCUUCCAUGGGCAGUGCGUGUACAUCGUGGACUUGGAUGAGCACUACUGCAGGUGUGACGUGGGGUUCUCUGGAGUGCGGUGUGUGCACUCGGAGCUGGUCCGGCAGCCCCUCAGCAAGGAGUACGUGGCACUGACGGUUAUCGUGGUUCUGCUCUUCGUCGCCGCCAUCUCCCUUGCGAGCUACUACAUCUACAGGAGAAACAUGUCGGUUCCAGGCAGCCUGAGCUCUCAGCCCUGCACUUCAUACCUCCAGGUUCCUCUCCCUCUUGGAAGCAGACUUGUGCUCCUGCUGAAACCUCCUGGGUGGAACCCACAAGGAGCAGAUCUGUGCGAACUCUGGUGCAUCAGUGAUGCUGCGAAACAUUUUAGGAGGGGAUGAGACCUCUUGUCAGCAGAGCACAGCUCUGGGAGUGGGAUACCUGAGUCCACCUCAAAGCAGAGAGCGGGUUUGCUGCAGGGGGGCAGAGUGUGCUGUAAGGCUUGGCUGAACCCAAAGCUGCCAGGGCGGCAUCGCGGCGUGCCGCUGUGAACUGGGUCCUGUCCAAGGACUUCAAGAACAGGGUUUUUCCUACAUGAAGGCAGACCUACCUACAGGAGGAAAUGAGGCUGUGCCCAGGGAGCCUCCUUCUCAGCAUGAGUGUGCAAUCCUUAUGCAAACGAGCCCUUACUCACACGGUGUGUCUCAGCAGUCCUGUCCUGGGAACGUGCUGGCCCCGCGCUGCAGCCCCGCAGGGACAUGUGACACGGAGGGAACAGGGGACACAGGUUCCACUGAGGGAUGGAAGCAGUUCACAAAGCCCUCACUGAUCCUGCUUCAGCACACUGACAUGAGCGCUCCAGCUGCCAGGACUGACUGAUUCCAGCAGCACUUCUCUGGUUUCCCAAAUUUCACGCCUCUUCGCUGGCACCCUGGUGCAGUUCAAGGCAGCCAGAUGUCACGAGGGCACAGCUCUUGGUAGCCAAAAGCAGGCACCACCAACAAACAAUGGGAUUUCCAAGGAAGCAUAACAAACAUGCCUGUGAAAUGGAGUGUUCUCCUGAGCUUCUUUGCUUGCUCAUGGCCUGUGAAAAAAACAAAAUCCUGAGUGAUCUACGUAAUCACUGUUGUGCGUAGGAAACCUUGCCUGGGCUUUGUUCUAGGGAAAAAACCUGGCUCUGGCAAAGGUGAGAGGAAAGGAAUUACUAAUUGCUGUAGGCUUCUCCUGUGAUUCAUUCUUUCUUCACAUACCAAAUGACUUCAAAUAGGUAAAGAAAAUUCACCACCUGAUGCACCUAUGGGAAGGCGCUGGGAAGAUUUUAAAGCAAAAAGGUAAGACUUAGGCUGCAUUUCCAGGAGAAAAUUCCCAAAUAUUCCUCACAUGUCCUUUAUUUCUCUGCUACUCUGGACACUUUGGAAAUCACAUGCAACAGAGAAGGAGAACAUCAUGCUGAUUCUGUCACGUGCUCCCAGGCCUCCUGUGAGGCCGCACUCCCUCGGAACGGGCAGUGCUGUAUCAUUUGCUCACAUGCUCUGUGUUGUCAAAUGGGCUGUGAUAGACAUCUCCGAGGUGGCUUCAUUCCCCAGCCCCCAAGAUGAGGAGAGGGGUGUGAGACAAGCUCAGUCAGACCACCCGCUGCAACUUCCAGCGACACCAACGUGCUUUAGGUCCGCCAGACUUUCACCGUCAAGAGCUUUAAAGGUACCCCCCAGAUUGUUGCCACUCCAUCUCUACCCCACUGCAGUGGCAUUUUGUUUUGGGGAGGGUUUUUUUAAUUUUAAGAUUUCCACUCCGGCUCUGUAAAACACUAGAGAUAAAAAAACCCCUGUUUUCCCAA